UAUUCACUUCGUUGGCAGACAUUUUGAGUAUUGUGUUUGUGUUUAGAAACGUUUAAUGUACGUUAUUAAAAGUUGAAAUAAUGGGCUCAACUAAAAGUGAUAAUGUAACGAAUAGUGUAAAGAACAAUUCUAAACCGUAUGGCAAAGUGGUACUUACGUUAAAAAAUCAAUUACUUCCAGAGGAGCAACUUUCUCCGACACCAUCUCAAAAAGAUGGGCUUGGUUUAGAUACAGAAAUUGAUUUGCGAAUAUACGGAUGCGAAUUAAUUCAAACGGCUGGAAUUUUAUUAAAAUUACCUCAGGUAGCAAUGGCUACUGGACAAGUACUCCUUCAACGAUUUUACUAUUCCAAGAGUCUAGUACGACACCCUGUCGAACACACUGCCAUGGCUUGUGUAUGUUUGGCUUCCAAAAUUGAGGAAGCUCCCAGGAGGGUUAGAGACGUUAUCAACGUCUUUACCCACAUUCGACAAGUCAACUCAAACAAAACCAUUCAACCGGUAAUAUUAGACCCCAACUACAUCCAUCUCAAAAAUCUAGUCAUCAAGGCUGAAAGAAGAGUACUGAAGGAAUUGGGUUUUUGUGUUCAUAUCAAGCAUCCGCAUAAGAUCAUCGUGAUGUACCUCCAAGUUCUCGGAUACCAUAACCAUCAGAAGUUGAUGCAAUACUCUUGGAACUACAUGAACGAUUCGUUGAGGACUGACGUGUUUGUACGUUACCAACCGGAAACGGUUGCUUGCGCGUGUAUAUACCUGACGGCGAGGAAAUUGAAAUUGCCUUUGCCCAAGAAUCCGUCGUGGUUUUCGAUUUUCGGAGCGACAGAGGGUGACAUUCGUGAUAUUAGUGUUAGGAUAUUAAAAUUGUACGCUAGACCUAAGCCAAAUAUAGAAAUGUUGGAACAAAAAGUGGAAGAGUUGUGCGAAAAGUACAAAGCAGCCAGAGUGAAAGCAAGGGGAUCGGGCAACAACACUCCAAAUAAUUCUAGCAGUAGUCCGAACCAGGAUAAGAUAACUGGAGCCCACAAUGCUUGGGGCGGAUUCAUUAGCCGAUCCGGAAGCCACAUCGUGCCAUCGGUGAACGACAAACAUUCGCGAUCUCGGUCGAGAUCGGCUACGCAUUCGCCGGACAAUAAGCACAGGAAACGGUCGUCGAAGAAGCACAGAUCUAGAAGCAGAUCGACGAGUAGGAAUCACAAGAAGGGUCACAAAAGGAAAAGUUAUUCGCGAUCGAGAAGUACGACGCCUCCGCCGAAAACGAAAAAGAGGGAUAAACGGAGAUCGUCUCGUUCGCCUAGCAUCGAAAGGGACUCCAAGAACGAUAGGUACAUCGAAAGGUACGACAAAUACGACAGGUACAACAGAGACGACGACAGAGACAGGUAUUCGGAAAAAGACAAAUACGACGAUAAAAAGGAUAGGAAAGAUCGUUACGAUAGAGACGAUAAAUACAAAGAUAGGGAUGAUAAAUAUAAAGAUAGGGACGAUAAAUAUUCAUCUAGGGACGAUAGAGAUAAAUACAAAAAAUCUAAGCAUAGAGACGACGAUAAAUCUGAAAAUCGGUCGAAAGAUAGGAGAAGGUGAAAUGAUGUAAAAUUAUUUUUUUUAAAUUGUGUUUUAGCCUA